GACAAUGCCUAUCAAAUGUUUAUCAAAUGUCUAUCAAAUAUCUAUUGUCUCUAAAGCUAAACGUGAUACUUGUGUAUACUUGCAAGGCUAUUCGUCCCAUUCUUUAUGCAGUAAGAGAGGAAGCUUACGAGAUAACUUGGUCAGCUUAGCCCCACUCUACAUUUUGGACCCUUCAAUUAUUGAUUCAGACCCUUGCCCCUCCACCGUCUUAACCUUGCGACAUGCAGUACCUAAUCGCUUUUACCCCACCAUCUAAGAAAAAUUCCUCGACUGGCGCUGAGUGUUUACUAUGUACGCCACGGUCAAGACGAGGCUGAACACUUACUAGGUCCAGUCCUACCAGGCAUUCCAUUAUUUCUUUAUUCGAUCAACCGAAUCCGCCCAGGAUACGACGUAAUCGUCUCAUCUAGAUAUUAAGCAAAUCUUGAUAAUACAUCAUGAGUAAGUUCGGGGUUAUGGUAAUGGGCCCUGCCGGGGCUGGCAAGUCUACCUUUUGCGCCUCCCUCAUAACCCACCUGCAACUUAACCGUCGCUCGUGUUUCUACGUCAACCUCGAUCCUGCCGCCGAGUCCUUCGAACACACGCCGGAUCUAGACAUCAAGGAACUAAUAUCGCUCCAAGAUGUCAUGGAGGAGAUGGGCCUUGGUCCAAAUGGCGGUCUUAUCUACUGUUUCGAAUUCCUCAUGGAAAACCUCGAUUUCCUAACGGAGGCGUUAGACUCCCUCACUGAGGAGUACCUAAUCAUUUUUGACAUGCCCGGUCAAAUCGAGCUCUAUACCCACGUUCCUAUCUUACCCGCCCUCGUCCGAUUUUUGACACGAUCCGGCUCUCUUGACAUUCGGCUCUGUGCUGCCUAUCUCUUAGAAGCUACUUUUAUCGUGGAUAGAGCCAAGUUCUUUGCUGGUACUCUGAGCGCCAUGAGUGCUAUGAUCAUGUUAGAGGUUCCUCAUAUCAAUAUUCUGUCAAAAAUGGAUCUUGUGAAAGAUCAGGUCCGCAAGAAAGAUAUGAAACGAUUCCUCACGCCAGAUACUGGUCUACUGGACGAUGAUCCAGACGAGAUUGCUCGGCGAAAGGCAGAGGGCGUGACAGAAGAGGAGGACGAGGCGGCCAACCCCCAGGACAAGGAUGCCGUCAUGCGAGGUUCAAGCUUUCGACAGCUCAACCGGGCAGUCGCAAACCUAAUCGAGAAUUUUAGCAUGGUUAGUUACCUAAAGCUAGAUGUGCAAGAUGAGGACAGCGUCGGGGCCAUUCUCAGCUAUAUCGACGACUGCAUCCAGUAUCACGAAGCUCAAGAGCCGAAGGAAUUAAAGGAUGAUGAGUUUGACAAUAUGGAUGAUGGUAUUGAUGGGUGAUUUCUUAGCGGCGGAUAAAAAGGAUUUGCCUAAGUAUAAUAUAAAAAGGAAUACGGCAUAAGGAUUAAUCACGAAGGGCAACGUUGGACACAUGUAAUUGCAUAGCGACGGCGUUACUGGCUUGAGGCAACUCAGAUACCAAAAAUUCGAGUAUAUU